ACAAACAGGAGCCAAAAGAAAUCGAUGCCGACAACAGGAAGAGACUAUAAAAAAAAGUACAUUCAAAAGACUUCAUCUUGACGGCAGGCGCAACAAACUGAAAACUGCAGAUGUUCUUCAGAUAAAUAAACAUUUAUCCCGUAAAGAGUCUUGUGCUGAAGAUGAGCUGGUUCAGACUUUCAUGCAAAAACUACUGAUGAUGAACUACAGAGCAAGAUACAUUACAACGAAAGAGACCAAUGUACAGAAUAAGGCAAAAGGAAAAGACAAUAUGUCAUCUGAUAAUGAGAGUGAUAUUUUUGAUGUUGUAGAAAACAUACCAUUGUCAAACAAAGGAUCAAGCCAAUCUGAGGGAAUUGACCCGAUGGAUGUUCAGAUGGCUGUGUUUCAUUGUGCUGAUGGUUUCCUGAAGCAGCUGAUGGUCACUAAACUGUCCCAGUGUCAGUACGCUCUGCCUCUGCUUGUUGCUGAUCCAUUCAAACAUCAGAUUGAGUUUCCUCUCUGGACAUUCAGACAAAUCAAUAAGAGCUGGAAGAGAAACACCAACAAUGAGAUCAUCAGUAAAACCCUGUCGAUCUACAAGGCAGAAACUCCAAUGGUGUUUUUCUUCAGGUUUGGCUCUGUGUCUUCAUCCAAGUCUCAGCUGAUGAACAGUCUGAUCAAUGAGAAACACAACACGUUCUUCCACAGGAACUGCCCAGGCAGCAGCAGAACCAGAGUCCUGAUGGAUGGAGUGGUGGAGAUCGCCUGGUUCUGCCCCUCUGGGAAAAAUGAUGAUAAAUUCACUGACUGUGUUGCGUUCUGUAAUCUACACGGUGAUGCAGGAGACCAUGAGAAACAGUUGCAGAUCCUCACUGAAAUGAGCUCAGUCAAUGUUGUGCUUCUACCACAACUGGACAGGAAUGACAGAAAUGCAGCAAAUAUCCAGAACCUGUUCAGAAAUGGAAAGCCACUCAUUUGUGUUCUUACGGAGGAUGAAUCAGCUGUGAUUGAGAUAAAGAAAGUGAAAUUCAAAAUCGGUCUGAAAAAUAGAAAUCAGUCCAUCGUUUCUGAAGAACUCAGAAGAGUUAUAAAUGAUUGUCUCUCGGACUCAUCUUAUACUUUCAGACUUGAAGAUGUGUCCAAGCAUUCAGACAUAAGAGUAGAUGAGGCAGAUGAUGAAGACUGCAUGAGAGGAAGAGAAGCAGCACAGCAGAUGAUGAGUUUACUAGAGAAGAAAGAUCUGACAAAAGUCAAAGAAUCAUUUCUGCCUCAUCAGGGGAAACUGUGGCAUCAGUGGUGUCAGAAGAACAAAGAACUACAUAGACUUCGAGGAGAUGAGAUAGAAAUGGACAUCAGUAGAAAACAAACAGAAAUGAAUGAAAUCCGUCAAUGGCAGCAUGAGUCUGACAUCAGUAAGUUUAUGAAACUCUUUAUUAAAGAAAUUAACUCGCAUGCUGCAAAAAAUACAUUUUUCCUUAAAUGGCUCAGAAUCCUUCUGGAUGAGCAUACAUCAGCUGAUCUUUCUGCUCUACAUCACAAAUAUGAUGAAAAGUGGUCAGCAGUUGUAAAACUGAAAGAGAGUCAUAAUAAAUCUGAACAACUCAAAGCUGAACAAACAGAACUUGAGAGAAUAUCCGAGGAUCUUCAAGCUGCAGCCUUUGGUUUGGAGCACAUCAUGAGGGAGAUCGGUCAGAUCUAUGAAUCAUGUUCAUCUGUGAAGAAGAAGAACAAGAAAGACCUGAAAGACUUCUCUUCUCUCCCUAGUUUUGCAGCACAGAUGAUGAUCUCUGGAUUUCCACUGGAGCUGAUGGAUGGAGAUGCUGCUCAUGUUCCUGUGAUCUGGAUCUCUGCUGUUCUAGAUCAACUCAUCAAGAAACUGGGAGACCAGAGUAGUGUCUUUGUGCUGUCAGUUUUAGGGAUCCAGAGCUCUGGGAAAUCCACCAUGCUUAAUGCUAUGUUUGGACUUCAGUUUGCGGUCAGUGCUGGCCGGUGCACCAGAGGAGCUUUCAUGCAGCUGAUCAGAGUCUCAGACGAGAUGAAAACACUGAUGCAAUUUGACUAUUUUCUGGUUGUUGAUACCGAGGGACUUCGUGCUCUAGAACUGGCUGGAAGAUCAACAAGACAUCAUGACAAUGAACUGGCCACAUUUGUUGUUGGUCUUGGAAAGCUGACACUGAUCAACAUCUUUGGUGAAAACCCAGCUGAGAUGCAGGACAUUCUUCAGAUUGUUGUUCAGGCUUUCCUUAGAAUGAAGAAGGUCAGACUGAAUCCCAGCUGUGUGUUUGUGCAUCAGAACGUUUCAGACCUCACAGCUGGAGAGAAGAACAUGGAGGGAAGGAGACGACUGCAGGAGACACUGGAUGAGAUGACAAAACUCGCUGCUAAAGAGGAAGAAUGUGCUGCAGAAUGUUUCAGUGAUGUGAUUAGAUUUGAUGUUCAGAAAGAUGUGAAGUAUUUUGCUCAGCUCUGGGAGGGCAGCCCACCCAUGGCACCACCAAACCCAAACUACUGUGAGAACAUUCAAGAACUGAAGGAAACUAUUGUAUCCCAUGCUUCAAGAUCACGUGGAAUGAGACUGAAAGACUUAAAAGAUCGUAUUAAAGAUCUCUGGGAGGCUUUACUGAAUGAGCGAUUCGUCUUCAGCUUCAGAAAUUCUCUGGAGAUUUCAGCCUACAGGAAACUGGAGACCGAAUACAGCAAGUGGUCCUGGAGUCUUCGCAGUGCCAUGAUGGAAACUGAGAACAAACUACACAACAAAAUAGAAAAUGAAGCAAUUCAUGAGGUCGAGGAAACUGAUAUUCAAAAAGAACUAAAGGAGACAAGUGAAGAAGUGAAAAAAUCAAUGUCUGAAUUCUUUGAAAAAGACAGAGAUGCAAAUAUACUGAUUCAGUGGAAAACAUCAUUUGAAAUCAAAAUCAAAGAGAUUCAGGAAAACAUUGUGAGAGAAACAAAGAGAAAAUUGAACGAGAUUCUCCAGCAGCGAGACCUUAAGAAAACGAUUGAUGCUCAGAGGACACAUCAUGAAAAUACGCUCUUUGAAAAGAGCAAAGAACUUGCCUUAAAACUAAAAGACAAAGCAAAAGAUGAAGAAACACUGAAGAAAGAGUUUGAUUUGUUUUGGGAACAGAGUGUGAAGAAGAUCAUCAGAGACACUCCUCCAAUCAGAGACAUUGACAUAAUGAGAGAUGUGAGAGAGAUCCUCAGUGACAUCUAUAGAAGUGUUCCUGCUGAUCACUGGAGGAAGAGCAGGGAUAUUUUCACUGUGACGAGUUAUACAGAUUAUGUACUGUUAAAGAAAUCCAGUGAAAAUACAGGACAUAUUAAAAAAGCCUUGAGAGCUGUUAAAGAGACAUUUCGUUAUGCUCUAUCAAAAGAGGAUGAAGCUCAAAUUAGAUCUUUAGUCACAGAUGUUGAUCAGCAGACAGACAAACAGAUUCUGUCAUUUAACAUUUCAAAGAUGGGCUACAACAAAAGCUACAUUCAACAAAUCAUAGAUUACCUCAAGACAAAGGUAACAGAACAUGAGGAAGGACAAGUGAAAUAUGUAUUCAAGAAUGAAUUCUUUAGGGAUUUGGUUCUUUCCAUCUGUAUGAGAGCAAACAGGAAGAUCAAUGACCAACACAGACUUUUUAAGGAAGCCAAUGAUCCUGUAAUAUAUGUUGAGAAGAAGAUAAAAGAGUACUAUAGUAUUUUCCAGAAAUGCUGUCAUGGAUCCACAUCAGCUGUUAUAUUUGGUGAGAUCAUCUGUCAGAAACUGAAAGAGCCCAUUGAACAGAGCGUCUACAAGAAGACUGCCAGAGAUCUGACGGAUGAAAUGAGAUCAAACUGUGAAUCACUGAAUGGAAACAGGUCAAAUCUGGACAAACACAUCUUGAAGACACUGGCAGAAGAGAAGGAUUUUGACAAAUACAUAAGCUACAUUCAUAAUCCCAGAGAGCACUUCAAGAGUUUCAUCAGAGAUGAAGUCAGUCGGUACAACACUGAUAAGUUCAGUGACAGUGUUUUACCCAAGAUGAAGGAGAACAUUGAACUCCUGCAGCAGAAGAUCAUGAGAGCAGCACAUGAAUCUACUGAACAUGUUCAAGAGAACAGAGGAGAUGCUGGUUUGUGGUUGAAGAGAUUCACACAGCAGCUCUCAGAUGAGCUGAUCUUCUCUGAAAAAGACCUCAGUGGAGUCAAACAUGACGAUGUUGAUGAUUUCAAACUGCUAGGAGAUGUGAUAAGAAAAGAACUUACUUCUAUAAUGUCUGACAUCAGCCGUAGAUUCAACACAAAGACAUUUGCAGAAAAGCUGGACUGUAAGUUUAGACCAGAUAAGCUUCUGAUCGAUCACUUCUGUCAGUGCUGUUGGGUUAAGUGUCCCUUCUGUAAAGCCAUCUGCACCAACACCAUAGAAAACCAUGAUGGAGAUCACAGGGUUUCUUUUCAUCGUGUUAGUGGAAUAACUGGGAGGUAUCAAAAUGAUUCAACAUACCUGACUAUAACCAUCUGCACAUCAGCUGUAGCAAGUGAUCGAUGUUUUCAUCCCAAUAAAUCUGAUUAUGUACACCCCUGGAGAGAAUACAGAACAGCAGGAGAAAGAUUUGCUAACUGGAGCAUCACCUCUGAUCUCUCUGAACUGCCCUACUGGAAGUGGUUUGUGUGCAGAUUCCAGAAAGAUAUUGAAGAAUACUACAAAAAAACAUUUGAGGGGGAGAAGGGUACAAUACCAGAUGAAUGGAGAAAAUUCUCAGAACAGGAAGCAAUUGAUAGUUUGGAUAACAUUUGAACAACUGCAACAGGUUCCUUUUUAAAGUCUGUGUAAGGUCGAUAUUAAAUGUGUGUUCUGAGUUUAUCACACCACAGAAAAGUGUGUUAUUAACCACCCAGCCAAAUUUGAAUGCUAAAAAAACCCGCCGAGUG